AUGCCCAAAGAACAAGCAGGAACUGAAGACGGCCUGGCAGAGGCCUGGCAGAGCAUCACCAGGGACGAAACCCAGCGUCUGGUGAUGUCCAUGGGCUCCGGGCACUCACUGUCGGUGUUGCUCACCUACAUCUCAGGACCAACCCAGUUCCCAGAGUACAUGGCGGUCCUGAUGCUGGACGACAUCCAGGUGGGGUACUAUGACUCAGAGACCACCAGAGUGAUGAAGGUCGGUGCUGGAGGUGAGAAAGGGGAGGAGCUUGACGUGGACCAGUUAGCCUUGGAUGGGCUGUGGAACAAUAUGAAGGGGAUGAGGAUCAGGUUGGACAUAGCCAGAAAACAGCUGAACCUGACCUCUCCAGGCAUCUACGUUUACCAGAGGAUGGUGGUUUGUGGGGACCAGGAAGACGAUCAGCAUCAUUUCCUCAUGGUCAGGGAUGGUGUGAAUGGUCAUGAUGCCGAAAGCAUAGUGUGUAACACGACCCACUUCCUGUACGGCGGUGGUGAUGGUUGGGAGUUCCAGUUGGACACCAUGGAGCAGAUUUACUUUCAGAUGCGCUUCUCAAACAUCUACCUGCCCUUCUGUGCCCGGACUCUGAAACACCUGCUGGAGAUCAACAAGCACCUGGUGAUGCGUUGUGUUCGACCUCGACUACGUCUCCUAUCACAGCCGGGGGGGGGCGGGGCCCAGAUCACCUGUCUGGCCACAGACUUCUACCCUCGCCACAUCAACCUGACGCUGCUGCGGGACGGUGAACCCGUGGACGAGGAGGAAAUGACCGUUGGCUCGGUGCUGCCCAACGGCAACGGUCUCUACCAGCUGAGGAAGACGCUGAUGGUGGAUGAAGAGGAGCUGCAGAGGAAGCACAAGUACACCUGUGCAGCGUCUCCCCUGAGUCUGGACAACCGGCUGGACGUGAGCUGGAGGGCGGAGUCUUUCCGCUCAUUCAGAGUCCACGUCAUCUCUGCUCCCGUCGUCCUGAUGGCUGUCGUCAUCCUGCUGCUCGUGCUGAUGAUGAAGAUGAGGAAGAGGUCAGGGUCAGAGGGCAUCUCCAUGGAAACACAGGAGAGUCCCGGAACAGACACCUGA